GUCACUGCGCAUGCGCGUCCCUCCUGCAUCUGAUGGCCGUCAAUAUGGCGGCUGUGGAAUGAGACGCAUGUCCAAACUUUGCACUGACAAUUGAUAUUUUGCUUCGCGUACUUUGUUUACGUGAAAAAAAGCUGUCGAACAAAAAAUGUCCCGCCACAGGAAUGUCCGAGGUUAUAACUACGACGAAGACUUUGAUGAUGAUGACGUGUACGGGCAGUCAGUGGAGGAUGACUACUGCAUCUCUCCUGCCACUGCCGCACAGUUUAUCUAUUCACGUCAAGACUCGAGGCAGGCUCGACAUGUAGAGACCGUGGAGGAGGAAGUAUAUGAGGAGGAGGAAGAGGAGAUGCCAACCUCUCCAAUCAUCACAAGCACACUAGACCCACUACAGCAAGGUCAGUUGUAUUCCUGUUUGGAUCAGAUGAGAGCAGUACUGGGAGACUCAAUUUCAGACUCCACACUGACUCAGGCAGCUCUUAAAUACGACUGUGACCCUCACCGGGCCCUUGAUUUCAUUCUAACUGAGGAGAACACCAAUACACACGCCCCUCCAGCCCGAACCAACACACUGCCUGAGCCUACCACCACAGCUGCACCGCAGAAAGCAAAAGUACGGGACGCUCCGGAGAGUCGUGUCGAAGCGGAGGUCGUCCCUAAGGUUGCCCGGAUGACUGUGUCAGGCAAGAAGCAGACCAUGGGCUUUGAUGUGCGAAGUGCGGAAGAAAAUGGCGUUGCCCCAUCGGUUCGCAGAGGACCGAGUCCAGAGGUCACUGCUGCUUCAACCACAGAGACCCCAUCCAAACCGGGGACUGUGAGUGAAGACUCGAAUGCCCCGACCCCAUCUCGACCUGCUGGAAAGAGCAAACAGCAGCUCAACAUCCGUGCCGAACUGGAGAAAAGACAAGGAGGAAAACCAUUACUCAACCUGGUGGUCAUAGGUCAUGUAGAUGCUGGUAAGAGCACUCUCAUGGGUCAUCUGUUAUAUCUGCUGGGGAACGUUAAUAAGAGAACCAUGCAUAAAUAUGAGCAAGAGGCCAAGAAAGCUGGCAAGGCCUCGUUCGCCUAUGCGUGGGUAUUGGAUGAGACAGGAGAGGAAAGAGACAGAGGAGUGACUAUGGAUGUGGGCAUGACAAAAUUUGAGACCGACUCGAAGGUUGUUACUCUGAUGGAUGCACCGGGACACAAAGACUUCAUUCCGAACAUGAUCACAGGGGCGGCACAGGCAGAUGUGGCUGUGUUAGUUGUAGAUGCCAGCCGCGGGGAGUUUGAGGCCGGGUUCGAGGCAGGGGGGCAGACCCGUGAGCACGGCCUUCUGGUUCGAUCCCUCGGAGUCACGCAGCUUGCUGUUGCUGUCAACAAGAUGGAUCAGGUUAACUGGCAGCAGGAGAGGUUCCAGGAAAUCGUCUCUAAGCUCGGUCACUUUCUGAAGCAGGCUGGUUUUAAGGAUUCUGAUGUUUAUUACAUCCCUACCAGUGGCCUAUCAGGAGAGAAUCUGACCACUAGGAGCAAAAUAGCAGAACUUACAGCCUGGUACACUGGACCAUGCCUACUGGAACAGAUAGAUGCAUUUAAACCUCCCCAGAGGUCAGUGGAGAAGCCCUUCAGGCUUUGUGUCUCAGACGUCUUUAAAGAUCAGGGCUCUGGUUUCUGUGUGACCGGGAAGGUUGAGGCUGGCUUCAUUCAAACAGGAGAUAAAUUGCUGGCCAUGCCCCCUAAUGAGACCUGCACUGUUAAAGGGAUCACACUCCAUGAUGAAGCGUUAGACUGGGCAGCUGCCGGUGAUCAUGUCAGUCUAACUGUCACAGGCAUGGACAUCAUCAAAAUAAACAUUGGAUGUAUAUUCUGUGAUCCCAAAGAGCCCAUCAGAGCCUGCACAAGAUUCCGAGCAAAAAUUCUCCUCUUUAAUAUAGAAGUUCCCAUCACGAAAGGCUUCCCUGUGCUGUUGCAUUAUCAGACCAUAAGCGAACCGGCUACUAUUAGGAGGUUAGUCAGUAUAUUACACAAGAGCAGUGGAGAAGUUCUCAAGAAGAAACCAAAGUGUUUGAGUAAAGGACAGAACGCAGUGGUGGAGAUUCAAACGCAGAGGCCUGUGGCUCUGGAGCUCUAUAAGGACUAUAAAGAACUGGGGCGGUUCAUGCUGAGAUAUGUGGGCUCCACCAUUGCUGCUGGAGUUGUCACGGAGAUCAAAGAGUAAGGACCAGUUGGAACUGGAUCCUCCAGAAUAACUCUGGAGAGUGGAGAGAAGUGCAAUUUCCCCUCAGAGCGAACACAUUUUGAACACAGAUGCCCACCAGGCAGCCUGACAGUGAAUCUAACUACAGUUCAUUUCACAUUUCACCUGUCCAAAGGCCCUAGACUGAAUGUGUAUAAAAGAGAGAAUGCCUUUUGUCCUGCUCUUUAGCUUGCAAAUACAAUUGAACUAUAAUAAUUAUCCCAAGUUUCAACUCAAAACCCUCCUAAUAACACACAGGAUACAGAUACAGAAAGUUUACCUGCAAUUAAUUGAUUGCAUCACAACAAAGUGAACUCAUUUUCUUUUAUUAUUUGAUAUUUUAUUUAGAUUAUUGUAAAUGGCAUUAUUUUUGAUUAAUAUGGCAGCACGUAAUGGACAUUUAGGCUUGGUUCAAAUUGAAGGAUUUUAAGGUUAGUUAUUCUGAUUAAUUAAGGAUGUGUACAUUUGUAAAAGGGGAAAUAGAAGAGAAUAAGCAACACAGCUGGCUGCUCUCAUCUCCAUCAGUUUCUCAUGUGAGCGGGACAGUGUGAAUGAAACCUGCCCUUCCAUUGCUGCUACUCAGUGUUUUGCUGAUCAUUAUUGGGUCAGUGACGAGAAAACAGGAGGGUUGAGAACCAGUGGACAAAGGGAUAUGUCAUGGAUUUAGAGGAACACAUCCGAAUGUCUGUAAUCUAACAGUAAUCACUUUAAGGACCUAACGGACAUGACUCUUAUUCAUCUGUUUAUUAAGGGGUUUUAAUUUAAAGAACAUUUGUUUGGGUGUAUCGAAGCUGAAGUUGUUCGAUCAAGGGAAAGCUUCUUCAUCAGAAAAUAAAAAAUAUUGAUCACUGUGGAAAA